CGUGCGUCCGCAGUCUCUGGCCUUCGUGAUCUUUUCCACAGCGACAAAUGAUAGUAGAAGCCGUGGGUGCCUAGGUACAGUAGGAGUUAAUAGGAUGCAUCGGCCGAGACAGAUGCGAAGCUGUCAAUCGGCAUCGCUUGUUGUUCCUGCGAACUGCUGGUGAUUUGGACAGCACCGACGACUAGUGGACAGCUACUGCAAAGAAUGCUAACAACCACCACCAUCACCACCAUCACUACCGCUACCGCUAUCUUGCCACCGCCACGGUCGGACAGGCUAGAAUCCACAUCUGCAUGACAGAUUAGCUGAUAGUUGCCAUGCGACAAUGUCUCGAACCGAGCCGAGAGACCCUAGAAGCACAUCAUCGGCAUGUGUUGUCGUCGAGGUCGUUUGGUGCUGCUGCUCCUUUGGACCGAAGACGAGAGUUGAACUCUCAGGUUGUAGCAGACAUCCCCGGCCUCCAGAGCUCCUUGAAGCUCACCUUUCGAUCAUAAUGGGUGCAAGAGUGCAGAAUCAGGUACAUACUCAUUCCAGUUGCAUAUCGACGGCUCGCGAUUCUUGAUGAUAUUUGAUUGGGGUGGUCUGUCAAUUGGCACACGGCGAAAGACGGGUCUUCGUUUCUGGUUGGUGCCAAUCCCAAUCCCAAUCCCAGUCCAUCACGGACCUCUUCUCCCCUGGAACUUGAACGGGGUUCAAGCGGGAGCCACCUUUAGCCACGAGGUGAUCCUCAGGAUCCUCCAGGCCGCACAAGUAAAGUGAGACCCCGGAGCUGGACGGUCCAGGCGCAAGUUGCAAGUGGCUGCGUGCCGCCGGGCCUGACUCGAGCUGUGGUUAACAGACCAGUCCCUAAUCCUUCCAAGCCUCUUUGCCCCGUUGUACCCAUUUUAUUUGGUGCCCGCCAUCAAUAAUCAGGCUCCGAUGUCGAGCCGCCUUUUUAUGUCGCGUGGAAGUCGUCAACUUCAACCUCAGCUUACGACCAACACCCUGAACCUCCGCCCGCUAUCUCCUGGAUGAACAAAUAUCGCCAAUCGUGAGUCAAUCAACAGUAUGAGCGACACGUAGGAACAAGUCCAUCUUCAGCUUCAGGUUUCGACAAACAUCAAUUCACCAAAACUAUUACUUCGGGCCUGGCCUCUCUUUGGCCGGCCAUGUCAAUUCCCCACGACAGCGACGCGGAUUCCGCGUACGGCGACAGCGUCUUCUCCGAAACGACAUCUCUAUCAUCCAGCGUCUUCGACUACACAUACGAGAACGGACGACGCUACCACUCAUUCAAAGCCGGCAAGUACUUUGCGCCCAACGAUGAACAGGAACAAGAACGGCUGGACCUUCUGCACCACGUGCAAUCCAUGGUCCUAGGCGGCGAACUACACCGAGCGCCUGUUGAAAAUCCGCAAAGAAUUCUCGACAUUGGCACCGGCACUGGAAUCUGGGCCAUCGACAUUGCAGACAAAUUCCCCGAAGCCCAAAUCAUUGCCACGGACUUGUCGCCCAUCCAGCCGUCAUGGGUCCCGCCGAAUUUGCAGUUUCUCGUCGACGACUGUGAGGCCGAAUGGACCUUCGACCAGAAAUUCGACUGGAUCCGGAUCGGAAACAUGGGCGGAUCCAUUGCCGAUUGGCCCCGUCUGUUCCAACAGUGCAUGGACAAUUUGAAUCCUGGAGGCUGGAUUGAAGUCAUGGACUUUGAGGCCUGGGGGUCCACCGACGACAAUAGCUUGCCUGAAGACAGUUCCUAUCACAAAUGGCAGGUUGAACUUGGCAAUGCGGCCACCAAGUUCGGGAGGGUCAUGAAUGUGAUUCCUCAGAUUAAAGGCAUGCUUGAUGAUGCUGGCUUUCAAGAUGUCAAGGAGGAGGUCUACAAGGUCCCUCUGUCGCCGUGGCCGAAAGAUAAGCGGUUGAAAGAGCUUUCUCUUUACAUGAAUCUCACCAUGACUGAAGCUGCGCCUGCUUAUAGUCUUGCGCUUUUCACUAGAGUGCUCGGCUGGCAGAAGGAAGAGGUCGAGGUUCUGAUGGCUGGUGUGAGGAGCGACCUGAGGAAUCUCAAGUAUCAUCUGUACACACGGAUGCACGUUGUUUGGGGGCGAAAGCCGUUAUGAUGGACUUGGACCGGGACGACUAUGUGUAAAUAAUAACGACGCAAUGGGAUGGGAUGGGAAUUUGAAUUGGGCUUUUGACGUGAAGUGACGAUUGGGAUUGGAUUGAACGGGACAAUGAUCGCCAUGCUUGCUGUUUGGGUAGACGGGACCUUAGUGAACGACCGUUGACAAAUCUGAUGGGUGGCUCGAGUGAAUAUUGUCUUGUUGAGAGGAAGCUUCAGAUGGCGCAAACCGAAAAUGAUGGACGGAACGACACUACGCUCUCAAUUCAAAUGUGUUCUAGCAGGAUAUGCUAGGCCUCUGUGCUUCCUGCGAUAUUCCUUCUCUGUACAAUUACACAACUCUUACACACCAGCCAGUGUCCUGCUCUGACUGGGCCGUUACUAAAGCCUUAACUCCAACGGACCAAAGCCUAGAUUUCUUCACAGGAUUCGAG